GGAAAAAAAAAAUCAUGAGCUCUCCAGACUUGGGCUUAGGUUCCAGCAACAUGGCUAAACACACCAAAAAGGUCCAGGUCCUUGGGAAAUACCGGACCCGCUAUGGUGCCUCCCCCUGGAAAAUGGUGAAGAAAAUUGAAAUCAACCAGCAUACCAAGUACAUAUGCUUGCCAAGUACAUACAGCAAGACCAAGAUGAAGAGACAAGCCGUUGGCAUCUGGUACUGUGGUUCCUGCAUGAAAACAGUGGCUGGUGGGGCCUGGACCUACAACACUACUCCUGCCGUCACAGGGAAAUCUGCUAUCGGAAGACUGAAGGAACCAAAAGACCAGUAGAAGUGUUACCACCUGAGACCUGCCUAAU